GCAUAGAAAUGCUCGAGUUGGUGCAGGGAAUUCCAGAGGGAAACACUCUUUUAGCUGUGCAGCUGAAGUAGUUCGUGUAACAACGAUUUUCUUCAGCUUAAAUAUAUUGUUUAAAGCUAAACCAAAACAACAUCAACCGUUUUCCCAAUAUUAGCAAUGGCUGCGUUUGUGGAACCUCACUUCGAUGCCUGGACGCAGAGCGGUGGCAACAUGUCGGUGGUGGACAAGGUCCCACCAGAGAUGCUCCACAUGGUGCAUCCCCACUGGAACCAGUUCCCGCCCAUGAACCCGCUGUGGCACUCGAUCCUAGGCUUUGCCAUCUUCAUGCUCGGAAUGAUCUCGAUGACCGGUAACGGUUGUGUGAUGUACAUCUUCACCAACACCAAGUCACUCCGAACCCCCUCCAACUUGCUGGUGGUCAAUCUGGCCUUCUCCGAUUUCUUCAUGAUGUUCACGAUGGGCCCGCCGAUGGUGAUCAACUGCUGGCACGAGACCUGGACCUUUGGCCCGUUCGCGUGCGAGCUGUACGCCAUGCUGGGAUCGCUGUUCGGCUGUGCCUCGAUCUGGACCAUGACGAUGAUUGCCUUUGACCGUUACAACGUCAUCGUGAAGGGUCUCGCGGGCAAGCCGAUGACCAACAACGGUGCCCUGCUGCGCAUUCUGGGCGUGUGGGUGUUCGCGCUGUUCUGGACUCUGGCCCCGCUGUUCGGAUGGAACCGAUACGUGCCGGAGGGCAACAUGACCGCCUGCGGAACCGACUACCUGACCCAGACGUGGCUGAGCCGCUCGUACAUCAUCAUCUACGCCAUCUUCGUGUACUGGCUGCCGCUGCUGACCAUCAUCUACUCGUACACCUUCAUCCUGAAGGCUGUGUCCGCUCACGAGAAGAACAUGCGCGAGCAGGCCAAGAAGAUGAACGUCGCCUCGCUGCGUACGCAGGAAGCCCAGAACACCAGCACCGAGAUGAAGCUGGCCAAGGUCGCCCUGGUCACCAUCUCGCUCUGGUUCAUGGCCUGGACGCCGUACCUGGUCAUCAACUUCACCGGAAUCUUCAAGGCUGCCCCGAUCAGCCCGCUGGCCACCAUCUGGGGCUCGCUGUUCGCCAAGGCCAACGCCGUCUACAACCCGAUCGUGUACGGCAUCAGCCAUCCGAAGUAUCGCGCUGCCCUGUACCAGAAGUUCCCGUCGCUAUCGUGCCAGGAUGCAGCACCAGUCGACGAUGGCCAGUCGGUUGCGUCGGGUGCCACCCAGGCCUCGGACGAGAAAGCUUAGAUCUGGACGAGUUUGUAAUAAGAUAAUAUGCAAUAAAGAAGCAAAGCAAGCAAGGCAAUGAAAUGCA